UCUUGGAGAUGGGAGACGGGCGAUAGCUGUGGUCCUUCUGUUAAUGCAAACAACAAAUCGGGCACAGUAGUCACCCCCCCACCCCCUGAGUGAGGCUGUCAUCCUUGUAACCGUUCACCAAAAACUACAGAAGAAGUGAGAGUGUCAAGGCCGGGUGCAGCGACAUUGAGGGCCCCUUCACCUGCCUUCUGGGCGGCAGAAGUGAAGUGGCUGAGGACCGGAGGGAUGGUGCAGUCCUGUUCCGCCUACGGCUGCAAGAACCGAUAUGAUAAGGAUAAGCCUGUUUCUUUCCACAAGUUUCCUCUUACUCGACCCAGUCUUUGUAAAAAAUGGGAGGAAGCUGUCAAAAGAAAAAACUUUAAGCCCACCAAGUACAGCAGUAUCUGUUCAGAACACUUUACUCCAGACUGCUUUAAGAGAGAGUGCAAUAAUAAGUUACUGAAAGAGAAUGCUGUACCCACCAUAUUUCUUUGUACUGAGCCACAUGACAAGAAGGAAGAUCUUCUGGAGCCACAAGAACAGCUUCCCCCUCCUCCCUUAACACCUCCCAUUUCCCAGGUUGAUGCUGCUAUUGGCUUACUAAUGCCUCCUCUUCAGACCCCUGACAAUCUCUCAGUUUUCUGUGAUCACAACUAUACUGUGGAGGAUACAAUGCACCAGAGGAAAAGGAUUCUUCAGCUAGAACAACAGGUCGAAAAGCUCAGGAAGAAGCUCAAGACUGCUCAGCAGCGAUGCAGAAGGCAAGAAAGGCAGCUGGAGAAGCUAAAGGAAGUCGCACACUUCCAGAAAGAGAAAGACGACGUAUCGGAAAGAGGUUAUGUCAUCCUACCAAAUGACUUCUUUGAAAUCGUUGAAGUACCAGCAUAAAAAAUGAAAUGUCUAUUGAUUUUUAAUGGGGCAACACCACACAGAUCCUCUUUUAGCCUAUACCAGAAUUUCAUUUGAAAAAAAUAAUACUUGAUUACUUGUAUAAAAACAAUUCAGAAUAUUUUUUUAAAAAAAUAAAUUAGAUAUAUACUGUAAAAUUGUAAAGUUUUUGGUUGUAAUUUCAGAGUUUUUACCUUUUAACAAAAUAUUUUAAAAGUUAUUAAAGCCUCAGACUGCCAAUGUAAGUUGGUUUCAAGAUUGGAACUUUUUGUUUUGAGUAUUUACAGAAAUAAUGUAAAGAUGAAAAUUGGAGAGAA